AUGGCGUCUCCUAUUCCAGAAGGUAGGAUCAAGAGACUUGUCCGUUACAGCUCCCAUCCUGCCCAAGUUCGCCUUGAUCGCGCCUUUUAUUAUCACCAUCGCCAACGCAAGGAGAUCCGGGCCAUCGACAACUUGCAAGCUCAGUGGGCUGAACACUUCGACGCCGAAGAAGCAAAGGAGAAGGCGGGAAAGCAGGAAGCCCCACGCCCACCACUUCGUCGAGUCACUCGACGUCUCACUGUCAAGAACGAGAACACGGCCGCGCUCCUCGCCAAAUACCUUGCCUUUGUCAACGACAACCCUUCUGAUCUCCCUGCCGUUGCCGACGAUAAUUACUCUGACAGUCCUGCCACCGCCAACGACGACUGCCCUCACCAGCCCGCCCUCGUCAACAACGACUGUACUGAUCGCUUCAGCUCCUCUGACCGCUCCUGCUAUUCUGAGUAUUCUGACCGCCCUGCCCUUGACAGCGAGUUCGGAGUCGCCUGCGUCCUCGACUACCACGCCUUUCUCUUCGAGCGCUACGAACUCUUUUCUUGCAAGAACCCAACAUGCCAGCUGCAUAUGCGGCGGCUUCAAGAACUGAACUCGCGUCUCAAGGAAGAUCUCGAAAGACCUCGUGUCAAAGUGGCUGAGGCAUCCAUGAGCCUGAUCAACUACUGCAACCAAACACGAGACUACAUGGUACCUUCAGUCUGGGGGCAGGUGGACAGGAAAGAAGAUCCAUACAACCCACAAAGUGGAGGCAGUGAAGGUUGUUGCAUCGUCAUGUAA